ACAUAUUGUAAUGUAAUUUGGCCAUCAUUUUGUUAAUGGGUAGAUUUAAUGAGUGUUUAUAAAUUUUAAUCUUCGAUCGAUAGUAGUAAUUAAAAGGAGAAUGGUUCGAAUUUGAAAUUUAGUUUUCCGUAGUGGGUUAAAAUCGGGCAUCUUUUCAAUCUCACAGAAAAAGUUUGGAAAUUAAAUGGCCGAAAUGAAUGAAUCGGAGGUGUGUGAUGUUGAUGUUUUCGAUAAUUUUUAAAUAUGGGGGAUUUCAUCUGGACCAAUGCUGUUGAGAAAUAACCAUAUUUUCAAGUUUGUAAAAAUUGGGCUUUCAUCAGCCCAAGGAAAAUCAGAAAUGGAUGGACAAGAACUUCGUCAAAUAAUUGCCAUUGGUGUAGGAAUAAUUCUUGUUCCUGUAAUUACAUGGCUUCUUAUAAAGUUGUCAAGAGGAAAAGUGACCUUCCUUUUUGGCCAUCGUUGCAUUGGAAAUGGCGACGUUAACUGCAGACAUGGUUGCAAGCUAAACGUGAAAAGAGUUUGCAAGAAUUUGGAGGAGAGAAUUGAUAAAAUUGAAGCUAGCAUGGAACCGAUCAACAAAAAUCUUGGCAUCUUACUGGAGAAAAUAGCUAGUAUUGAAAAUAGUGUUAAAGCUGCUGUUGAUGAGGUUAUUGCAAACAAAAGGAAAAUAAUUGUAACUGAAGUAAUGGAAAAUUUAACAGAGAGGGUGUGUAGAGAAGUUACAUUAAAGCAAACCGCCAGAGACAUAAAAAUUAAUGAACCCAAAGGAAACUUAAAAACUCUACUUCAUCAGAUACUUAAUUUAGAAGAGGCAAGGAGAAAACAGUUGCAAAACAGACACAACACAAACAGAUCUUUGAAUUCCCAUAAAAAGGAAGAAAAGCCCAUUUUGUGUACCAUCAGUAUUAAACGAUUGAAACAGGCUCUCAACAAGAUACGCUCGCAAUCAGAAUCUAUGCAAAACAUUUAUGAAAGGCACGCUGAAAAUAGACCUUUGAACAGGUCGCCGUCCCUAUUUCAACAUCCAGUCGUUCCAAGUUUCCGCCCUUCUCUCAUUAUAAACUGUAAACCCUUUCCAGUAACAUAUAAUCAAAAUUGAAGAAAUAAAAUGAUAUAAUAUCAAA